AUGAGCUUGGUGAUGCUUUCAGAUCUCUGUUCCAGCAUGGGAAUCUGGUCCAGAAUAUCUUCUGCACCGGUCAGCUCUGUCAUGAUAUUACUUCUAGUGAAACAGGCCAAAGGAUCUCUGCUGGAGAAAACCACUAGUGGAUGGAACAAAUAUAAACAAGAAUGCUUGAAAAUGCUGCAGGAGUCAGUUGUGGGCACUGGAAUCCAUUGCAAUGGGACUUUUGAUCAGUUUGCUUGCUGGCCUUACUCACCCCCAGGAAACGUCUCUGUCCCCUGUCCUUCAUACUUGCCGUGGCUGGAAAAUGGAAGCUCGGGAAGUGUAUACAGAGUCUGCUUGGCCGAAGGGACUUGGCAGACAAAGGAGAACUCCACAGACAUUUGGAGAGAUAGUUCAGAAUGUUCUGAGGAAAAUCAUUUCCAAAAAAAUGAAGAAGACCAUAAAUUACUCACCACAUUACAGCUGUUGUACACUAUAGGAUAUUAUUUUUCUCUCAUCUCACUUCUAUUGGCUCUUCUAAUACUUUCUUCACUCAGAAAACUCCACUGCACCAGAAACUACAUCCACAUGAAUUUAUUUGCAUCUUUCAUCUUGCGUGCCAUGGCAGUGCUGAUCAAGGACAGUGUCUACUACAACAUCUACUCCAAAAGACCCAACGACGAAACUGGAUGGAUAUUGUACCUCAGUCCUGAGAUCGUGGUCAUUUGCAGGACAGCCCAGUUUUUGAUGCAUUACUUUGUUGGGGCAAAUUAUUUCUGGUUGUUGGUGGAAGGAAUUUAUCUGCAUACACUACUGAUAACUGUGGUGCUCUCUGAGAGGCGACUGCUGCAGACCUACGUUGUGAUAGGCUGGGUUGUUCCUAUCCUGUUUGUGGGCCCUUGGGGUAUAUGCAGAUCAAAAAUGGAGAACACAAGGUGCUGGGGAACCAAUGAGAACAUGGGAAUCUGGUGGAUCAUCCGAGGACCAAUGCUGUUUUCUAUUGCUGUUAACUUUGUCAUCUUCUUAAAAAUUCUCAGGAUGCUAAUUUCCAAGCUCAAAGCUCAGCAAAUGAGCUUCCAUGACUACAAAUACAGAUUGGCAAGAUCUACACUUGUGCUGAUCCCACUGCUGGGGAUCCAUGAGUUUGUAUUUACCUUCAUCACUGAUGAGCAGGUGGAAGGACUCUCAAGACAUAUAAGGCUUUUCAUUCAGCUGACAAUGAGCUCAUUUCAUGGUUUUUUUGUAGCAGUUUUGUAUUGCUUUGCUAAUGGAGAGGUGAAAGCAGAGCUCCAGAAGCAGUGGUCCCGCUUCCUGCUAGCAGAUCCCUUUGGCUGUAGAUUCUGCUUUCUUGGGGAGAACAUAAAAUACCUGCGGACAUGCUCCCAGAGAGGCAAGAAGCAGCAGCUGGGCAGCAGGCGCCGCCUGUGCCCGGAGGCGAGGGAGCCCUGGGGCGCGCAGCUGCAGCAGCUGCGAGCGAAGCCGGGGCCAGGGCUCAGCGCAGACGCAGGCUGCGCCCUCCCGUCCCGCCCGCGGGCCAGCCUGUCGGACAGCAGCGAAGGAGAAGUCACCACCGGAGAGACUACUGAGGAAGUCUUUGAAGAGAGUGAGAUUUAAAAAGCUCCUGCCAGCAGCCGGAGGACUUUGAAGGAUGUCCCCCGCCAGGCUGUUGGGAGCUCUGGGCUGUGCGAUGCGCGGAGGACAUUGCCAGUGUCCCGCUUGUCCCAGUUUCCUUCACCUGAGAAAAACACUGACCUGGGUGUCGCUAACCUGUGUGGCUGGGGUGGAAGAGGUGUGCGGGAUCGGAAAACGCUUUGAGCUGAUCAGCCUGGAAGGUGGCUGAGGCUGAGGGAGGUGUACGCAAAGGGACAGCAUGUGCUGAAUACACCCCGGGGACACACACUGCGUCCCAGCAGCAUCACCCAUGCUUGAGAGCCAUUACUAACAUCAUCUGGCGGGGGGAGGUGGGCUGGAAGAUCUCCAGAGGUCCCUUCCAACCCCCAACGUCCUGUGACCCUGUGAACUACUCAUGUAACAGAGAUUUUCUCUUUGAUAGGUGUGUCUUACAAAUGAGAGAUGUGUGCAGAGGGCUCUGCUCUGCACAGACUGAAAUCCUCCCCAGCUCAGAAAAGACUUUCAAGCUUAAGAAAAAACCCCAAGCAAACAACAAAACAAAAUACAAAGAAAGAAACAAAACCCCCAAGCUUGGGAAGAAACAAACUUCUGCUUGGAUUUUUAGGUAUCUCCACUUAAACUUUGGUGCUGGAAAUGUCGUUAUGAAAGGAAAGACCAAAAGGUUUUCUUCUGCCAGCUGCCAGCUGUUUUCACAUUGCUUUUGUCUGCUUAUUUUUAUUUUCAUUGUUGUUGUGACACAAGCCACGCAUUUUGUUGCAUCUCCAGAUUUGCCUCACCUGUGGCCCAAAUGACAAAACAGAUCAGUGGGCAGCGCUGCCAUCUUCUUCCCAGAGCAUCCAAAAUGGAUAGUGGCAUGGGAUUGUCACAGCACCCUAAAAACAUUGUGAAACCCCCUUUCCAGCACUGAACAAAAGCCAUUGUCACUGGCACAUUCGGGGACCAAUGAAGUUCACUGAUAUUCCAUGAUCCCCUUUCCAAGCUUGUGAGCAUGAGCCUGUUAACAGACAGACAGGAAAAGAGAAAGGCAUCAGAUUUAGUUGAUUAGACAAUGGAGUCAUAGGUUGGACUUGAUGGUCUCUAAGGGCUUUUGCAGCCUGAUUGAUUCUGUGAGUAGUAGGCAAUGCUUCUCUACAAUGUGUCUGCAUGCCCCAGGCACACACAGGUGUAACUACCUGCCCUGCAGCUAUUCACAGCACUUAGGUUUUUUUCCCGUGCUUUCAUGGCAAGUGCAGAAUCACAGAAUCACAG